GAUGGAGGAGCGGCGCUGAGGAGGGAGCGGGGCCAGACUCUGCCCGGCAUUGGGAUCCGAGCCCUCCAGACCACCCGUCAUAGAGCCCAGGAGGUGGAAUGGCUGUGUGUCCAUGAGAAAGCUCCCCACGCUCAGCUUGUCAUGUCCAUCAUCCUGUUCUUGAUUGGACCGUUCAUCUAAGAUGGGAUUUACCCUGUGAAACAGGGAGAAGACUUACAUGGACCUCAGACAGCACUGCAAGUUGUAGUUGAGUUGCUUGACAUCCAGACAUACAUGCCAAGCGCCUUUGCUUUGGACUUCCUACUUUUUUAUUAAAGCUGCUGUGUUGCUAACCAGAACUGCACCCCUCUGUUGACUCAUCUCUCCAUCAUGGCUUCAGUAUGGAAGAGACUGCAGCGUGUGGGAAAACAUGCAUCCAAGUUCCAGUUUGUGGCCUCCUACCAGGAGCUGAUGGUGGAGUGUACGAAGAAAUGGCAACCAGAUAAACUAGUGGUAGUGUGGACAAGAAGAAGCCGAAGGAAAUCUUCAAAGGCUCAUAGCUGGCAACCUGGGAUAAAAAACCCGUACCGUGGUGUUGUAGUGUGGCCUGUUCCAGAAAACAUUGAAAUCACUGUGACACUAUUUAAGGAUCCUCAUGCAGAGGAAUUUGAAGACAAAGAGUGGACAUUUGUCAUAGAAAAUGAAUCCCCUUCUGGUCGAAGGAAAGCACUAGCUACCAGCAGCAUCAACAUGAAACAAUACGCAAGCCCUAUGCCAACUCAGACGGACGUGAAGUUAAAAUUCAAGCCCUUGUCUAAAAAAGUUGUAUCAGCCACUCUACAGUUUUCAUUAUCUUGCAUAUUCCUCCGGGAAGGAAAAGCCACAGACGAAGACAUGCAAAGUCUAGCUAGUUUGAUGAGCAUGAAGCAGGCUGACAUUGGCAAUUUAGAUGACUUUGAAGAAGACAAUGAAGAAGAUGAUGAAAACCGAGUUAAUCAAGAGGAAAAGGCAGCAGAAAUUACAGAAAUUGUAAACCAGUUGAAUGCUCUGAGCAGCUUAGAUGAAGACCAAGAUGACUCCAUAAAGCAAGCAAAUAUGCCUUCAGCUAAAUCAGCCAGUUCCUCUGAAGAACUUAUCAACAAACUUAAUUUUUUGGAUGAAGCGGAAAAGGGCUUGGCCACUGUGAAUUCAAAUCCUUUUGGGGAUCCUGAUGCAACAGGUUUAAAUCCUUUUGGUGAUCCUGACUCAGAAGAUCCAGUCACUGAAACAGCUUCACCUAAAAAACCAGAAGAAUCUUUUUAUAACAAUAGCUAUAAUCCCUUUAAAGAGAUACAGAUUCCACAACGUUUGAACCCAUUUGAUGAGCCAGAAAGCUUUGCAGCUCUAAAGGAUUCGCCUCCCCUUUCUACGAAAAGAAAAAAUGUGAGGCCUGUGGAUAUGAGCAAGUACCUAUAUGCGGAUAGCUCUAAAACGGAAGAAGAAGAAUUGGACGAGUCAAAUCCUUUUUAUGAGCCCAAACCGACACCUCCAUCCAAUAAUUUGGUGAAUCCAGCUCCAGAACUGGACACCGAAAAGAGAGUGAAGAGAAGGGCGCCUGCUCCACCGGUCAGCUCACCAAAGACAGGAGCAGGGAGUGAGAACACAGCCGUCACUCCAGGACGGGAUCUCUCAGCUUCUCCCAAGCCAAGUCCUAUACCGAGUCCUGUUUUGGGGCGAAAGCCAAAUGCUAGUCAGGCGCUACUUGUGUGGUGCAAAGAAGUUACGAAAAACUACCGGGGAGUAAAAAUUACCAAUUUUACUACAUCAUGGAGAAAUGGUUUAUCUUUUUGUGCAAUAUUACACCACUUUAGACCAGAUUUAAUUGACUACAAGUCUUUGAAUCCUCAAGAUAUUAAAGAGAACAACAAAAAGGCCUACGAUGGAUUCGCCAGCAUAGGAAUUUCCCGGUUGUUGGAACCUUCAGAUAUGGUUUUAUUAGCCAUUCCCGACAAACUGACUGUUAUGACUUAUCUCUAUCAAAUAAGGGCUCAUUUCAGCGGCCAAGAGCUGAAUGUCAUUCAGAUAGAAGAAAACAGCAGUAAAAGCACCUACAAAGUUGGGAACUAUGAAACUGACACAAACAGUUCUGUGGAUCAGGAAAAGUUUUAUGCGGAGCUGAGCGAUCUGAAGCGGGAGCCUAACCCUCAGCCUACCAGCGGAGCCGUGGACUUCUUGUCUCAAGACGACUCAGUAUUCGUCAAUGAUAGUGGGGUUGGAGAGUCCGAGAGUGAACACCAGACCCCUGAUGAUCACCUAAGUCCAAGCACAACCUCCCCUUACUGUCGCAGGACUAAAAGUGACACAGAACCCCUAAAAUCCCAGCAGAGUUCUGGGAGGACUUCAGGAUCCGAUGACCCCGGAAUGAGUUCCAGUACAGACUCAACUCAAGCACAGGCUUUGUUAGGCAAGAAGAAACUGUUGAAACCUGAGGUUUUAGACUUAAGUGACUUCUAUGUUAGCGAUAAGAAGAAGGAUGUGUCCCCACCUUUGAUUUGUGAGGAAGCAAAUGAGCAAAAGCUUCAGGCUUUAGAAGCUACUGGGAGCUUGGAGCAGGGAAAGGAUCAUUCCAGACCCCGAGACGGCAGACUGGAUCCUGAGUCACCUAUCAAGAAGCCAAGUUUAUCUCCCACGUCUAAGCUGGGAUACGUGAGAGAUGAAGACUUUGCAAAGAGAAAACCUUCCUCUCUGAGGCAGACAGAGUCCGAGCCAGAUGCGGAUAGAGUCACAGGAAAUCAUGCCGAGCCUUCCUCGAAAUCUGUCCAGCACCGAAUGUUAUCCAGACAAGAAGAACUUAAAGAAAGAGCAAGGAUUCUGCUUGAACAAGCAAGAAGAGACGCCGCUCUGAAGGCAGGAAAUAAGCCGACUACCAGUGCAGCCACCCCUCUCUGCAGCAGACAGCUAAGUGAUCAGCAAGAUGAAGAGCGACGUCGGCAGCUGAGAGAGCGAGCGCGUCAGCUAAUAGCAGAAGCUCGAUCCGGAGUGAAGAUGUCAGAACUUCCCAGCUCCAGUGAAAUGGCUGCAGGAAAGUUGAAAGAAAGGUCAAAGGCAUCUGGAGAUGAAAAUGAUAAUAUUGAGCUAGAUAAUAACGAGGAGAUUCCUGAAGGCUUUGUUGUAGGAGGUGGCGAUGAACUUACUAACCUAGAAAAUGACCUUGAAACUACUGAACAAAACACUAAGAUGGUGGACUUGAAGAUGAAGAAACUCCUAGAAGCUCCGCCACAGGUGGCAGAUUCAUUCUCCACUGCUGCCCAGAGAGCUUUAGCUGAGAGCUCAGAGCAAGACGUUAAGAAUGGCGCGGAGGAUCUCCGGGUUGAGCGAUUACCAAAAGCAGCUGAACGUUUUAGAAAUCCUGUUGUGUUCAGCAAAGAUUCUACCGUCAGGAAAACCCAGCUUCAGUCUUUUAGUCAAUAUGUUGAGGCUAGACCAGAGAUGAAAAGGCAGAGAUCAAUACAGGAAGAUACAAAGAAAGGAAAUGAGGAGAAGACCGUGAUAACGGAAGCUCAGAGGAAGCCAUCAGAAGAUGAAGUACUUAAUAAAGGGUUCAAAGACACCAGUCAGUAUGUUGUAGGAGAAUUGGCAGCACUAGAGAGUGAACAGAAGCAAAUUGACACGCGCGCCGCGCUGGUGGAGAAGCGCCUCCGCUAUCUCAUGGACACAGGAAGAAACACGGAAGAAGAAGAAGCAAUGAUGCAGGAGUGGUUUAUGUUAGUUAAUAAAAAAAAUGCCUUAAUCAGGAGAAUGAACCAGCUCUCCCUCCUGGAAAAAGAACAUGACUUGGAACGAAGAUACGAGCUGUUGAACCGGGAAUUGCGUGCAAUGCUAGCAAUUGAAGACUGGCAGAAGACGGAAGCCCAGAAACGUCGCGAGCAGCUUCUCCUGGACGAGCUAGUGGCUCUGGUGGACAAGCGUGAUGCGCUCGUCAGGGACCUGGAUGCCCAGGAGAAGCAGGCUGAAGAAGAAGAUGAACAUUUGGAGCGAACUUUGGAACAGAAUAAAGGCAGGAUGUCCAAGAAAGAAGAGAAGUGUGUUCUUCAAUAGGGCCAGGCCAGAGGCUCCCAGACCAGGGUCCCCAGACCAGGAAGAGUCACACUCCUCCUCGUUGAUCUAAAACUUUGAACGUUUUGUUUGACUGGAUUGUACUUCAGCCACCGCUGCCCUUUGCCUCUCUGGCCUUUCCGGAUAAUAUACAGAAUUCCAAAAGAGCUUUGUUUCAGAAUUUGGGAGUUAACCAUUUCCUUGGAAUCACGUAAAAUUGAUUUGCACAGACACCUUGUGAGCGAAUGGUUAUUGGCGAUGUCCAAGAAGCUUUUCAAAGAAGGAAAACUACUGUUUCCCUCACUCUUUACCCGCUCAGAACGUUGAUAAGAGGGAAAUGUGAAAAUGUCAUUGUCGUCGUGGUCUUUGUUGUUAAUAACAUAAUGAAGGUGGGAGGGGGGUAUGAGAGGGAUAAGGAAAAUGUCAUGAUUUUUUCCCCAGUCCUGCCAUGUGUAUAACACUCUGCUACCUAAGUUUUAUAGUUAGAUCAAACUCAAUCUGCUUAUUAUACUGUGUUCUAUUGACCAGUGGGGUUUUUCUGCAGUUGUUUUUUUUGCAUCUGUAAGGAUAAUCGAGUCCCCUCCUCUGCUUGCCUCAGUGUAGUUCUUUUAACAUAGCCUGAGACAGACCGUGUGAUUUGGAGGUGAGCUCUGAGGAUGGGCCUAAUUGACAUGCAUCAGUUUACAAAGACAGUCUUAUCUCCCAAGAAUGCGCCAUCUUUUUCUCUGGAUAAUUAUUUAUUAUAUCUAGCUUGGUUCCUACGUUUUACUGGAUCUCAACAUUGGCUCAAGAAUGCUGUUAAUAUUUAUUCUGUAUUGAUAGACAUCUGUCUUGCCACCCCGAGUAAAUUCCCCCAGUUAAUAUUUUCUUCUCUAUCAUAUCACUGUCUUUUUUUUUGUGAAAAUGGUUAUCUGUUUAUUUAUUACUGAGUCAUAUAUAAAUUUUCAAUAAACACAGACACUUUCUUACCUU